AUGAGUGAAAGACCGACACACCUGGAGCCAUCGAAGCUCGGCACGAAAGAAUACUGGAACAAGCUCUACACGAACGAACUGGCCAACAACUCCUCGAACCCCAGCGACAUUGGCACAGUCUGGUUCGACGACUCCGACGCCGAGGCCAAGAUCCUCGAGUUCCUCUCUACACGGACCGAACUGUCCCGCUCCGACACCACCUUUCUCGACCUGGGCUGCGGCAACGGAUCGUUACUCUUCUCUCUCCGGGAAGUAGGCGAUGACGACGAAGACGACAAAGACGAAGACGACGGCGAUGACGAAGUACAAGAGAAACCCACAGGCCCAUGGACGGGACGCAUGCUCGGUGUCGACUACAGCCCCCAGUCCGUAGCACUGGCAAACCAGAUCGCUUCGAGUCGCGACAAGGAUGAGGUGGCCCGGAUGAGCUUUCGGGAGUGGGACAUCCUUGCAGGAUCAUACUCGGAUAUCUUGACCGCUUCGGAGGCCGACGGCUGGGACGUGAUCCUCGACAAGGGUACAUUCGAUGCGAUCUCGCUGAGUGACAACCAGGAUGCUCAGGGUAGGCGGAUCUGCGAGGGCUAUCGGGAGCGAGUGCUCCCGCUGGUAAAGCAGGGGGGUUUAUUCAUCAUCACGAGCUGUAAUUGGACGGAAAGGGAGUUAAGGGCCUGGUUCGAAAGCCCGGGCGGUUUCGCAAUGGACGGACAAGUUGAGUAUCGCACCUUUUCGUUCGGUGGCGUUAAAGGCCAAACCAUCACUACACUUUGCUUCCGUAAAUCAUAG